UACAACACAUUUACAUAAUAAUUAAUAUAAUAGGGGUUUUCAUUUUGCCUAUAUCUACUGUUUUGUGUAAAACUUUUGUCGUAGAUGUCAAAGCUCGCCUUGAGGGUUACUGCGCAUGUUCCGUGCGCAGCGUCUUUUCCGAGCGCGGUUAAACGAAGGAACGCGCGGAAAAGAAGUAACGUUUCCGAAAAGGGCGAAACUUUUCGUCACGGUUUAUGUAAAACGGUUGAUCGGAUGGAAUACGCGUAUUUCCAUGGCAACGAUCUCGAUCGGAUAGGAAGCAACGGAACAGAGAACGAUCUAUACGUAGAUAACGAUUUCGAUACCCGUAAUAUAUAGCGUUCCGGAUACAAUAUUUAUGUCUCGACGUACUUCGCCAGCGGUCCAUUAUUCAUUCCGUAGCAACGUAUCCUAUCGUGCAUUUCGUUGCCAGCUAGUAUUCGUUACAAGGAAUCGCUCGAUUAGGUAUGAUGUUCGAUUAGGCUUGACGAGAAACGGUUACGCGUCGACGGUUUUGACAGCGAGGCUACUUAGGUUAUGUUCGUCCAGAGGUUUGCAGAUUAAAGGAAAAUUGACAAGUACAGUGACUGUUGUUCGUCUUGAACAUACAUCAUCGAUAACAUUCCGAUAUUAUCGAUGUUCAACGCCUCUAGUUCAAGAGCGAAGCACGCGUGCUGAAAGGGGAAAUAGACGAGUAAAAGAGGGUUAAGAUAGAGUGGGGUGUGUAAAGAGAGCGAGGGUGACGGAGAGAGUGAGAAGGCGUAGAAAAGCAGAGGAAAGCUAAGAACGGUCCGAUCCACGGGGUAGACAAGAUUCGCACUUGUUGCUCCCUUCUUGGUCGGCGUUACGACCGAAAGCUCGUUUAUCCGAAGAAUUUCUUACGGUCAAAAGGUCGCGCGGUCGUGGAAUCUUCUUCCGCUUUUCUUCUCCCGUUCGAACCCGUUCGGUGAAGCGAAAUGAUUUCGAAAACGAAACUUCGAUCGAAUGGAAAACGAAAGGAAGGAACUGCGCAGGAGAAUCUCGCCGUGGUUGGUAAUAAAGGAUGUACGAGAUAAACGUUGGACGUGUAAUAAGUAAAACCGGUUUAAGUUUGAGAGUACACGAUAAUAGGAAUCGACCGUGCGAGGGACAGGGACGAAACUCUUUCGCGAUUAUUCGCGAUGCAUCGGUGGGGAUAGCAAAACGCGAAAGCGCAAAUACGCGGAACAGAAAAAAAACGGAAACGAGGAAUUCGUUGAACGGUGAGAAGAGAAAAUGCUUGUUUCGCGAUAAGCCUCGGGCGAUUAUACGUUCAAAGAGAUUUGUAAAAUUGACGUUGGAAAAUCCGGGAUUUGUAAAAUCAACGUACACUUUGAAGAAUACUGUUAAUAUUGUGGGACUCUUUGAGAGGGAUUUGUGAAAUGAAGUAGGCUUUGAAGAAUCCUGUUAAUGCUAUGAGACUCUUUGAGAGGUUUUAUCACUUAAAUAACAUUUACAUUUAUUAUUUUUAAUAAAAGAUAUGUGUCUGAUGAUUAUUA